AGUUUGUGCCCAUUGCCUCUUGUCCUGUUGCUGGAUACCACCAAGAAGGGCCUGGUUCCAUCUUCUUUACACGCCCAUCAGUAACGGCCUCCCCAGCUGAAGAUGUCGAGCAAUGGAGUUGAAAUGGAAGACAAACCGCCUGCUCCCCCGAUGCGGAAUACCAGCACUAUGAUUGGAUCGGGAAGCAAAGACGCUGGAACUUUGAACCAUGGCUCAAAACCUUUGCCUCCCAACCCAGAAGAGAAGAAAAGGAAGGACCGGUUUUACCGCUCUAUUUUACCAGGAGAUAAAACCAAUAAAAAGAAAGAGAAAGAGCGGCCGGAGAUCUCCCUCCCUUCCGACUUCGAACACACGAUUCAUGUGGGGUUUGAUGCAGUCACGGGAGAAUUCACAGGAAUGCCGGAGCAGUGGGCGCGUUUACUGCAGACUUCCAAUAUCACCAAGUCCGAGCAGAAGAAGAACCCCCAGGCGGUGCUGGACGUGUUGGAGUUUUACAACUCCAAGAAGAUCUCCAACAGCCAGAAGUACAUGAGUUUCACAGAUAAGUUGACGGAGGAUUACAAUUCAUCAAAUACCUUGAAUGUGAAGGCUGUCUCUGAGACCCCUGCAGUGCCCUCAGUGUCUGAAGAUGAAGAUGAUGAAGACGACGCGGCUCCACCCCCCGUGAUAGCUCCGCGACCCGAGCACACAAAAUCUAUAUACACCCGUUCUGUGAUAGACCCCCUUCCUCCUCCUACCAGAGAUGUGGCGACCUCUCCUAUUUCUUCUCCCUCGGAAAACAGCACAACAGCACCUGAUAUGCUGGUCAAGAACGCGGAGAAACAAAAGAAAAAGCCAAAAAUGUCAGAUGAAGAGAUCUUGGAAAAAUUAAGAAGUAUUGUGAGUGUGGGCGAUCCGAAAAAGAAGUACACGUGUUUUGAGAAGAUUGGACAAGGAGCCUCAGGUACAGUUUACACAGCAAUUGAUGUAGCUACAGGACAGGAGGUUGCAAUCAAGCAGAUGAAUUUGCAGCAGCAGCCCAAAAAAGAACUGAUUAUUAAUGAAAUCCUUGUGAUGAGGGAAAACAAAAACCCCAACAUUGUCAACUACUUGGACAGUUACCUUGUAGGAGAAGAGCUCUGGGUGGUCAUGGAAUACUUGGCAGGAGGCUCCCUGACAGAUGUCGUGACAGAGACCUGCAUGGAUGAAGGACAAAUCGCAGCUGUGUGCCGAGAGUGUCUCCAAGCUCUGGAAUUCCUCCAUUCAAACCAAGUUAUUCACAGAGACAUCAAGAGUGACAACAUCCUGCUGGGAAUGGAUGGCUCUGUCAAACUAACUGACUUCGGCUUCUGUGCCCAGAUCACCCCUGAGCAGAGCAAACGCAGCACCAUGGUGGGGACCCCGUACUGGAUGGCACCUGAAGUGGUGACGCGGAAAGCGUACGGGCCCAAAGUGGAUAUCUGGUCGCUGGGGAUAAUGGCCAUCGAGAUGAUCGAAGGAGAGCCCCCCUACCUCAAUGAGAACCCCCUGAGAGCUCUGUAUCUCAUUGCUACUAACGGGACUCCGGAACUGCAGAAUCCGGAAAAGCUUUCACCCAUAUUCCGAGACUUCUUAAAUCGCUGUCUUGAAAUGGACGUGGAAAAGAGAGGUUCUGCAAAAGAGCUGCUGCAGCACCAGUUCCUGAAAAUUGCAAAGCCUCUGUCUAGUCUCACUCCUCUGAUUAUUGCAGCUAAAGAGGCAGCCAAGAACAACCAUUAAAGCGGUGGAGUCAACACAGUCAUCAUGUCAAGACUUGUAAACGUUCAUUUCAGAGACCGAAUUACCUGCCUCUCUCCCCUUCUGCUCAUUCUUCACAGGGGUGUUCUUAAAACUUUGAUCUCCCUUGAAGGGUGGCAGAAGUAUUGUUCACUGGACGUGGACGGGCACACAAUGGGGACAUUGCUGAUCUUAGUGAACUGUCUUUCCAUCCUUGUGACAGGGGUGAGAG